AUGGAGCCGAUGCAAAUGCAUAUACUUACCGCAAUGAAAAUUCACUAUUUCAACUUGCCAUUAAAAAAUCUAGAAGAUAUGAUUGAACUUUUUAUAACGCAUGGUGCUGAUGUUAAUUUCAAGGAUUCUAAGGGAUCGACGGCUUUAUACUAUGCCAUUGAUAUAAGGUCAAUAAAAAUAAUGCAAAUUCUCAUAAAAUAUGGGGCAAAUAUCAUGGAAAAAAACAAAUAUGGAUAUACUCCCUUACAUUAUGCUGCAGAACAUAAUUUCAAAGAAGCGGUAGAAAUCCUUAUUUCCUUGGGAGCAAAUGUAAAUGAAAUUGAUGCAUCAAAAAAUACUCCUCUCCAUAUUGCCGCUUUAAAGAAUAGUUUAGAUGCUGCCCAACUUUUAUUAAAUAGUGAUAAUAUUAAUGCAAAAAAUCAAUAUGGUUAUACAGCUCUGUUUUAUACGGCAGGAAAUAAUAAUGUAGAAUUUGCUGAUUAUCCUCUUUCUCAUGGUGCUGAUGUUAAUCUAAAAGGAUUGGAUGGAAGAAAUGCUCUUAUUUAUUAUGUAAUGCAAUCAAGAUAUUUUAACGCAAAUGUAAACGUUAUUGAUUUAUUGAUUUCUAGAGGAUGUAAUAUGGAAGCGAAAGAUGAUUAUGGUAAGACGGCCCUUCAUUAUGCAAUUACAACUGAUGAAAGAUUAUUGAUAACACUUUUUAUUGAAAGAGGAGCAAAUUUAAAUUCGAAAGAUAAUGAUGGGAAAACUCCCCUCAUAUCUGCUGUAGAAAAAAAUGCUGAAUCAAAUAUAAAUUUGCUCAUAACCUAUGGUGCUAACGUAAACGAAAAGAAUAAUAAGGGAAGUACAGCUUUACAUUAUGCUGCAAAUAUUGGAAGCAAACGUAUUGCAAAAAACCUCAUUUCUCAAGGAGCCAAUAUCAAUGAAAGAAAUAAUCUUGGAAAAACACCUCUUCAUUAUGCAGAUUAUUCUUAUCAUAUAGAUGUUAUUGAAUACCUUAUAUCACAAGGUGCAGAUGUAAAUGCAGUCGAUAAUGAUGGAGUAGCUGCCUUAAGCUAUAAUAAGAGGUAUAUUCAAUAUGGGAGAAGGUGCACAAUUUGA